AUGACAGUCUCGCAGAGUGGAGUGGAACUUGGUGGACGGCCAAGGGUCGGAGCCUUCAUCCCUCAGUGCGACUCUGACGGACGGUACCGACCUCUGCAGUGCCACGGCUCCACUGGACAUUGUUGGUGCGUGGACAGUAGUGGACAGGAGAGAGCAGGAACCAGGACACCGCCUGGUACAGCACCCAAGGACUGUGACAGACCAGAUGAACCAGAGCGUCCUAAAACGUACUGUGAGCAGCACAGAGACAGUGUACAGACCACCAGUCCAGAGGGAUAUCCUAUACCUGGAGUGUUUGUACCUCAGUGUGAUGAUAAUGGACAGUACAGACCUUUACAGUGUCAUGGCUCCUCUGGACAUUGUUGGUGUGUGGACAGUAGAGGACAAGAGAGACCAGGAACCAGGACACCACCUGGUACACCAUCUGUAGACUGUGACAGACCAGAUGAGCCAGAGCGUCCUAAAACUCAAUGUGAAUAUCACAGAGACAGUCUUCAGACCACCAGUCCAGAGGGAUAUCCUAUAGUUGGAGCCUAUGUACCUCAGUGUGAUGCUAAUGGACAGUACAUACCACUGCAGUGCCAUGGUUCCAGUGGACAUUGUUGGUGUGUGGACAGUAGAGGACAGGAAAGAGCAGGAACCAGGACAUCACCUGGUGCACCACCCAUAGACUGUGACAAACCAGAUGAGCCAGAGCGUCCUAAAACUCACUGUGAACAUCACAGAGACAGUGUUCAGACCACCAGUCCAGAGGGAUAUCCUCUACUUGGAGCCUAUGUACCUCAGUGUGAUGAUAAUGGACAGUAUGUUCCACAGCAGUGCCAUAGUUCUACUGGAUAUUGUUGGUGUGUGGACAGUAGAGGACAAGAGAGACGUGGAACCAGGACACCACCUGGUACACCAUCUGUAGACUGUGACAGACCAGAUGAACCAGAGCGUCCUAAAACUCACUGUGAACAUCACAGAGACAGUGUUCAGACCACCAGUCCAGAGGGAUAUCCUCUACUUGGAGCCUAUGUACCUCAGUGUGAUGAUAAUGGACAGUAUGUUCCACAGCAGUGCCAUAGUUCUACUGGAUAUUGUUGGUGUGUGGACAGUAGAGGACAAGAGAGACGUGGAACCAGGACACCACCUGGUACACCAUCUGUAGACUGUGACAGACCAGAUGAACCAGAGCGUCCUAAAACUCACUGUGAACAUCACAGAGACAGUGUUCAGACCACCAGUCCAGAGGGAUAUCCUCUACUUGGAGCCUAUGUACCUCAGUGUGAUGAUAAUGGACAGUAUGUUCCACAGCAGUGCCAUAGUUCUACUGGAUAUUGUUGGUGUGUGGACAGUAGAGGACAAGAGAGACGUGGAACCAGGACACCACCUGGUACACCAUCUGUAGACUGUGACAGACCAGAUGAACCAGAGCGUCCUAAAACUCACUGUGAACAUCACAGAGACAGUGUUCAGACCACCAGUCCAGAGGGAUAUCCUCUACUUGGAGCCUAUGUACCUCAGUGUGAUGAUAAUGGACAGUAUGUUCCACAGCAGUGUCAUAGUUCUACUGGAUAUUGUUGGUGUGUGGACAGUAGAGGACAAGAGAGACGUGGAACCAGGACACCACCUGGUACACCAUCUGUAGACUGUGACAGACCAGAUGAACCAGAGCGUCCUAAAACGUACUGUGAGCAGCACAGAGACAGUGUACAGACCACCAGUGCAGAGGGAUAUCCUAUACCUGGAGUGUUUGUACCUCAGUGUGAUGCAAAUGGCCAAUACACACCUCAACAGUGUCAUGGCUCCUCUGGACAUUGUUGGUGUGUGGACAGUAGGGGGCAGGAGAGAGCAGGAACCAGAACUCCACCUGGUGCACCAUCUGUAGACUGUGACAAACCAGAUGAACAAGUGCGUCCAAAAACUCACUGUGAGCACCACAGAGACAGUGUUCAGACCACCAGUCCAGAGGGAUAUCCUAUAGUUGGAGCCUAUGUACCUCAGUGUGAUGCAGAGGGACAGUAUCUACCUCGACAGUGUCAUGGCUCCUCUGGACAUUGUUGGUGUGUGGACAGUAAGGGGGAGGAGAGAGCAGGAACCAGGACACCACCUGGUGCACCAUCUGUAGACUGUGACAGACCAGAUGAACCAGUUCGUCCUAAAACUCACUGUGAACAUCACAGAGACAGUGUUCAGACCACCAGUCCAGAGGGAUAUCCUAUAGUUGGAGCCUAUGUACCUCAGUGUGAUGCAGAAGGACAGUAUCUACCUCGACAGUGUCAUGGCUCCUCUGGACAUUGUUGGUGUGUGGACAGUAGGGGGCAGGAGAGAGCAGGAACCAGAACUCCACCUGGUACACCAUUUGUAGACUGUGACAAACCAGAUGAACAAGUGCGUCCAAAAACUCACUGUGAGCACCACAGAGACAGUGUUCAGACCACCAGUCCAGAGGGAUAUCCUAUAGUUGGAGCCUAUGUACCUCAGUGUGAUGCAGAGGGACAGUAUCUACCUCGACAGUGUCAUGGCUCCUCUGGACAUUGUUGGUGUGUGGACAGUAAGGGGGAGGAGAGAGCAGGAACCAGGACACCACCUGGUACACCAUCUGUAGACUGUGACAAACCAGUUCCUGUUGCUCCGACCCAGCGCCCUGAGAGUGUGUGUGAGCGAUGGAGGGCCAGUUUGAUUGAGCACUAUGGUGGAAAACCAGAGCCACAACAGUACGUGCCUCAGUGUGAACCAGAUGGACAAUUCAGUCCAGUCCAGUGUUAUGGGGAGACCACUUAUUGCUGGUGUGUGGACCAGGAUGGGCGGGAGGUUCCUGGUACCCGAUCCCAUGAUGUUGUCAAACCUGCAUGCCUCCCCUCUGUGGCCCCGCCCACCAUCCGCCCAUUGCCUCGCCCAGAUGUGACCCCUCCCACAAACACUGACGUCAUUCUGCUGUACGCUCAGGGACAGAAAAUAGGAGCGCUGCCUCUCAACGGGACCAGACUGGAUGCGACCCGCUCCAAAACACUACUGACUCUACAUGGUUCCAUAGUUGUUGGGAUUGCCUAUGACUGCAAAGAGAACCAAGUCUACUGGACAGAUUUGUCUGCAAGAACAAUCAACAGAGCCUCAAUGGCACCAGGAGCUGAGCCUGAGAUUCUCAUUAACACAAAUCUGGUCAGUCCAGAGGGUCUGGCUGUGGACGUCAAACGUAGGUUGAUCUUCUGGGUCGACUCGAACCCUGACAUGAUCGAAAGUGCUAACCUAGACGGCAGUGGCAGGCAGACACUGUUUGACACAGACCUGGUCAACCCCCGUGCUAUCAUAGUGGUCUCCUCCACUGGCACUCUGUACUGGACAGACUGGAACAGAGAGGCUCCUAAGAUCGAGUGUUCAUCAGUGGACGGUCAGAACCGCAGGGUGGUGGUGUCUGAUGGGAUUGGUUUGCCAAACGCUCUCACGUAUGACUCUUCAUCUGGACAAAUCUGCUGGGCUGAUGCAGGUACAAAGCGUUUAGAGUGUAUAUUUCCAGAUGGUUCAGGUCGAAGAGUGAUCCACCCCAGCCUCAACUACCCAUUCAGCAUGGUUUACUACAGGAACCACUUCUAUUACACAGACUGGAGGAGGGAUGGUGUGAUCGCAGUGAGCAAAGACAGCAGUCAGUUCACCGACGAAUACCUGCCCGAUCAACGUUCUCACCUUUACGGCAUCGCCAUAGCAACCACCCAGUGUCUAUCAGGGAGCCACUAACGUCGGACUGGCAGCUGCAGAGUCCUUUGGUGCUAAAAUUCUGGGGUGAUUUGUGAACAGAGGGCAGGACCACACUGAGUCCUCUCCUGUGUCCCUCAGAGGAAAGGAUGUUAGCAGGGAGCAAGAUGGCUUCCUGUGGCCAGACUGACCGUCAGAGCAAAUUUAUACCCCCCCCCCCAAACAAACCCUAACCCCAUUAUCUCACCUUAAAGAUAUAACCCCAAAAUAAAUGUUUUGUAAAUUUGUUUUAUACCUCAUUUUUAGUUGUUUUUUUUCUACUGUAUUUUUGUACGUGAGUUGAGUUGUUUUCUACCAAUUAAAGCUACAGAACAAUGAAACCAGAUUUUAAAAUGUAUGAGUAAAGGUUUCCUGUUUUUUAAAGCCAAAGACAAAUGAUUUGAACUGUUUGAGCCAAAGUUCUGUUGUUUUCUUUUUGGUCAGCUGGUCAGAGUGGCUUUUAAAUUCAGUGUUUCAUCAGUGGUUUUUGGUUAAACACAGACUCAAGGAACAGUAAGACUUUUUGGGAAAUACAGCUUUUCACUUUCAUACCAAGAGUUAGAUGAAGGCUUCAUAUUUAGAGCACAGAUGUAGGAGUAUCAGUGAUGUUUCCAUCUAACUCUCAGCAAGAUUUACAACUGAGCUGACUGAAGUUAAAAGCCUCAGCACUGAUUUUUCAUUACCUGAUCAGAAACACAGAGAAACUGUUUUACUAAAACUAAAAUAUGUUAAGUGGGAACAGUUAGUAUGAUCGGAUUACUGUAAUCUGAUUAUUUGAGUAAUCUGUUUCCCUCAGCCCUGUGUGCCACAGUCAGAUCACAGCCACUGCCACAUUUCUCUGCACUAAUAAUCUGUAUUUCACACAUGAUGAAAUGACAUUACAUUCUUUUUUUGCUAAAUAUUUUUAUUACUACUACUUUUAAAAUCUUUAUCUUUUUAUAAGAUGUGAUAUUUAUAACAAUAAAAUGUGAUUUGGUACUUGACA